UUGAAAAGUUUCCGCCCAUUUCUGACGUCGCUGCCGCUGAUUGGUCGACCGUGCUUGACUUUGAAUGGCGGCAAAAGAGGAGCUCGGUAUCUUCCUGUUUAUGCGGCAGCUCUGAGAUUCUUUAAGUCCUGAGACACAAUGGGGGAGUCCCAGCAAUCCGAGCAGUCUCAAGCCACAUCCAGCUCUUCUUCCAGCGCCCCUCAGUCAUACAGCCAGUCAUCCUCCUCCGGCUCUGGGACUAUGAGCUCAUUGGAAACGUUACCAGUGCAGGAUAUUGCAUCAGUUCCGGAUGAAGUAGAGGAUAAGGGUUCCCAACCGUGGGGUCGACUCUGGGCACUUGGAAAGGGAUUCUUGAACCAUGACUGUGUGAAUGAUGAAUAUUUAUUUGGAAGGGAUACACAGUGCGAUUACACCUUUGAUAGGCCAAUAAUAAAGCAUACAGAGAGAUACAAGACCUACAGUAAAAAGCACUUUCGGAUUUAUAGGGAAGCUGGAUCUGGUCCGUCUCGUGUUGCUUAUAUAGAGGAUCUGAGUGGCAAUGGAACAUUUUUAAAUCAAGAGUUACUUGGAUGUGGGAGGAGAUUACCUUUAACAAAUAAUGCUGAAAUUGCAAUUUCAUUAAAAACAAAUAAAGUUUUUGUAUUUACAGAUCUGUUAGCAGAUGAUCAGUCCGUUUUUCCAGCAGAGUUCAGAAACAAAUAUAUCAUGUCAAAGACCAUUGGAAGUGGAGCUUGUGGAGAAGUGAAACUGGCUUUUGAAAAAUCAACAUGCAAAAAGGUUGCAGUGAAAAUUAUAAGUAAAAAGAAGUUCUCUUUAAGUUCUUCAAGCCUCGACCAAUCCAUGUCGGUUCACACAGAAAUUGAAAUUCUAAAAAAAACAAGCCAUCCUUGCUUAAUUAAGAUUGAAGACUUCAUUGACUCUGAUGAUUAUUUCUACAUUGUACUGGAGCUGAUGGAAGGAGGUGAAUUAUUUGAGAAAGUAGCAAAAUCCAGGCUCAAAGAGUCAACUGUGAAACUGUAUUUUUAUCAAAUUGUUACUGCAGUGCAGUAUCUGCAUGAUAAUGGAAUCAUACAUCGUGAUCUGAAACUUGAGAAUGUCUUGCUCUCCUCAGUUAAUGAGGAAUGUUGUAUAAAGAUCACGGAUUUUGGGCAGUCCAAAAUUCUUGGUGAAACCUCAUUAAUGAGGACUUUGUGUGGCACACCUACUUACUUGGCUCCUGAGGUGUUAAACACGGCUGGGACAGGUGGAUAUAGUAGAGCGGUGGAUUACUGGAGUUUAGGAGUCAUUCUCUUUGUCUGCCUUAGUGGGUACCCACCAUUUUCCGAAAGUAACUGUAACAUACCUCUAAAAGAUCAGAUCACAGGAGGACUUUACAACUUUAUUCCAGCUGCUUGGGAACACGUGUCACAGCCAGCAUUGGAUCUAGUUAAAAAGCUGCUGGUUGUUGAUCCAGAGAAGAGACUCACAACAAAGAAAGCCUUGGAGCACCCCUGGCUGCAGGAUGAUGAAAUGAAGAGCAUUACUGAGCGGUUAAUGUAUGAUAUUGUUCAUCCAAUGCCACCUCCAUCACAGCAUUUUAUGAGUCGCAAACGUGGGCAUGAAGUGGACCCAGAUGCCAGUACUUCUACAUCUUCAGACACCUCAACAACCCAGUAUGAUAAGAGAACGAAAAAAGUGACGAAUUUAUGAAAUUGUAGCAUCUUUAUGUAAUAUUUGUAUUCUUUGUACAGUGAUCAGGUAUUACCAUUUUAAUUUUCAGCGUUCUCUGUAUGUUACUGCUGACACCACACAGAAAAUAGAGUAGCUAUGUUUGCUUCUUAGAGAAUUUUUAAAAAAUGUAGAUUCGUAGAAGAAAUUGUAUUAUUUGAUACCAAGAAAUCGUGCUUUGUGUAUGACCUUGUUCAGACAAACAUAAUGUGAGCGUGUUUCAGGGUCUGUAUUACAGAUCCAAAUCCGGGCACGACCCUGGGUAUAAUGAUUCCAACUCACAGCUCUUUGGGUUUUUAGGCCACUUGUUGGGUCGGGAUUUGCAGCUGCAGUAUAGACAUUAAAAAAGCAUAUUUUUGCUGCUGUCUGAGAGAGUCCUGCCUCUUCUUUUGUGGAAAAACAAAUCACAUGGCUGAAUAGUAGUUUGUAGUGCAGUUUUAGGGGUUGUUUGGUCUUGUGGAUGAGAAGUUGAGCAACUUUCUACCUGUACUUUAGUGUUUUACUUUAUUUCAGUUUUCAGGGUGUUUGCUGUCAGUGCAUAGAAAUAUACUUAGUUUUUUUUUUUUUUUUUAACUCAGUACGGUUUGGGUCAUAGCUGAGAGAAUGCUAUAGUCACAUGCAGCCUAGGAAACACUCCGUGGGCUUUUUAAAUCAGAAGAACAGUGAACCUAGAAUCCAAGAGGUUCAGAUCUAGAGUGACUCCGUUAUAGCAAACUCUGAGCUGUGAGAAGUAAAAGGAAUGUGUCAUCAGAAAAUAACCUAUAGUUUGUCA